AUGGACGAUGCAACUCAGCCCGCAACACAACCAUAUACAGACCCCAGACGCAGAGGCCUUAACAAUUCAGGGCUCGACCAGCAAGAAAUCACUGAUAUACUCUGCAUUUUGCAUCCAAAUUCGAUCGCUGCACACACUGCCGUGGCCACUACAGCUAGACGUAAUCCGCAGCACAUUUUACGAAGUGAUGAUGAUGAUGGGCUGGAAUAUGAUUCCGAUGACACCUCUCCUAUUGAAUCUAGCCGCGAUAUAGCUCUACGAUUCUCGUCCCACGUAAAGGAUCCUAGUGUAGGAUUCAGCUUUGGACGAAGUGCCCCCCGCUGUGACAUUAUCCUUACUCCAAAUGAUAACGAAAAGAGAAUAUCUAAUUCUCAUUUUCGCAUUUAUCUCAAGCCCGAUGGGAUUUUGAUGCUUGAGGACAUUUCAAUGAAUGGCACGAUCGUCGAUAACACAAUCAUUCGAAAGGACAAAAGAGGCGGCGCUCCGACCACCCAAAUGCUUAUUCACGGGUCAAUAAUACAAGUCGUCGGCAGUGAUGUUUCCGCUAGUAUCAAGUUCAUUGUUCGCGUUCCUUCGCGCGAUGAGUAUCAAGCUCAAUAUAACCAAAACUUAUUGCAGUAUCUGGAUAGAGUUCGACAAGCCACCAAAAAACCCGAAGGCGAGCCGCGUCGAGAUCUACAAAAUUUCAUGAUCCCUCAGCAAAUUAGUAAUUUCCACGGCAUGCGCUGGAAUGGUGGCCCGAAGUACAACGUUGCCGGGCAGAUAGGCAAAGGCGCUUUUGCUACAGUGUACAAACUUGCUACUAAGAACGACGGGGCCUUGUUCGCCUGCAAAGAGCUUGAUAAACGCCGGUUAAUGAAGAACAAUAUUCUCGACCACAAGGUUGAUAGUGAGAUGAGGAUUAUGAAAGGUCUAGAGCAUCCUAACAUUGUCCAAUUUCACGAUUAUCACGACCAUGAGAAUCGAUGGCUCUAUAUCAUCAUGGAAUACGUUGGAGGUGGCGAGCUCUCUGCUUUGUUAGGGCAAAUGGUUCGACUCCCCGAAGAUAUGGUCAAAACCAUUGCGAGGCAGACCUUGCACGCAUUGCAAUACCUCCACAGUCGAAAGAUCACGCAUCGCGAUAUCAAACCGGAUAAUAUUCUCAUCGCUUCAAUAGAACCACUCAGGAUAAAGCUCUCCGACUUUGGUCUUUCGAAGGUCGUGCAAGAAGAGACUUUUAUGAAAACGUUCUGUGGAACUUUAUUGUAUUGCGCUCCCGAAGUAUAUCCAGAAUAUGAGGAUUACAAACGAAAGGAAGCCCGGAAGCGACGUCGGCUCGGUGACCCAUUGCCGAAGACUUCUCCUUAUGAUCAAUCGGUUGAUAUGUGGUCGUUUGGAGCCGUAUUGUUUCACAUUCUUUCCGGUAGCCCUCCGUAUAUGGGACGGGGAGAUGAUAGAGGCGCCCAAAUGCUGCGCAAUAUCAUGACUACAGAAGCAGACUAUAACUUGCUGCGGAAAGUAGGGGUAUCUGAUGAAGGAAUAGAUUUCAUUUCUAAACUCCUGAAUCGUGACCCUAAGGCUAGGCCCAAAGAGUCAGCCUGCUUCAAGCACCCAUGGCUUAUUGAUGUCCCGGAUGAGUUCGAUUAUAUGGAAAUCGAUGAGGCAGCAGAAGAGGAGGUCAAUGCUGACCUAAAGGCUAUAGUAGAAGUCAGCGAGCCAGAAUCCAGUGAAUAUGAGCGACUUGACGCCUCCGGAAUCGACUUGAACGAUGUGACUCAUGACCCGUUCUCCGAAGAAAGUGAAGAUGAAGAUCACCCGUCCUCAGAACCUAUUAACAUUAAAAGGCCAAGAGUGACAGAAGAACAAGAAGGAAGCCAACUUGCCGCGCCCCUUUUUCCACAAAGGAUUCCAUACCCCUCGCUGCCAAACAUAUCCAGCUACGACUUUGGUUCCAGCGUUCAUCUUGAAUCCACGCCGACUGGGCGCCGUCUCUUUGGCGAGAUCACUCCGACUGCCCUUCGAAGCUCGGGAGCUAUCGGUCCGAAUAUCCAAAUCCCAAUGGAUGGGCCCCAAUUUCAGCGGGAAUUUGGCAGCGUGUCCAAGAGCGACUAUCCGUCAACCAACGGUAAGUCCAGCUCUCAUGGAUAUAGUCUUCACACUACCACCCCAUCCAACUAUCUCCUUUCGGAGAUGGAAUCAAGGCUUGGAAGGUCAGCAUCCAGUUUAAUGGGUGCUGAGGCACUCGUGGGCAACCUAAGUAUGGGGUCCUUCGACGGCGCAUCCACUUCUCCCAACAGUGACAAUCCAACAUUCUCAGAGGAAGAAAAGAACGAGACCUCUCCUAGUCGUGUGGAUGACUCCGAGGGGAACGAUGUUGCUGACGUGGAAAAUGAUUCGAACAAGGAAGAGGAGCAGGUCGCCCGGCGUAGUCGUAUACAACCCGUUUUCUCGCUCGGCCAACCUAUCCCAAAUCAAAGCAUAAAACCUACCCGAAAGGCCCAUUCGUCGCACGAAUUGCACGUCCGGGACGAGUCUUUCAGCCAGAAUAGCGAAGACCACGAUGCCUCUUGGGUAGAACUUGCCUGCACAAUUGACGAGCGCACAGGACAGGAAAUCCGACCUUCUACAGCAUCCGAUCUGCACCACGAAACCCAUAGCUUGCAUGCUAUUGAUGAUCAUUCCCAGUCCACGACCAAACCAUUGAAUGGAAGCCGGAAUACGAGCAACGCUAUAAAACCUUUCACCAUCUUAGGCAAACUGACUCCCGUCCCUGGCUCUAUCACAGAUCAGUGCAUUAUACUUCACUCGCGCAUGACAUCCUGGGGUCGCGGCACUUCAAACACAAUUCGUUACCCCGAUCCCAUGGAUGUUCGCAUUCCAGCGUAUGCGCUUGAAUUGACAUUCUGGGCACCCGCCAUCGAAUCACGUAUCGAUGCAGGCGAAGACUGGCUCCAGAUGACCGACGUGGCCACUGUUGUCUCGACCAAGGCGAGCAAGCGCAUUUGGGUGAAUGAUGUGGAUUUACAGAGGGAAUCCCCGGACGGCGAUGCCUAUCUCUUUGGAAAGGUGUAUACGGGCGAUAUAAUCACAGUGUAUCGCUGCCGAGACGAAUUCCUGCAAUAUCGUUGCGAGUUUUUCCAUGGAGAUAGUGCUCAGACGCGACCUGAAAAUGAGGAGAAAUUUCUGAUUGAAAAAACGGCGAAGAGUCGCAGUGAUGCCGCUUUGAAGCCCGUUCCAAGCGUCACCGUGUCAACAGUCGCAGGCGCGUACUCGGAGAGCGACCUCUAA